AUUAUUUCCAGCUCGUAGAAAUCUCAUUACCCUAAAUGAACGAUCCAACCAGACCGGCAUGAUACGAGGAAUUUCGGAAAUGGUGAACCUGCUUGCCCCGAAAUCGUUGGUAAUUUUGGUUCGAAAUGAAACGAAAAUCGAUCGUCUCGACAAGCUCACUGUGAUGAUUCAUCAACACAACAUACCGACCUGUGUGUAUUACGAUCUGGAACAAUAUUUCAGUUUAAUUGAGGAAAACCUCGAAAAGUCGCUGGAGAUAACGUCGCUCAUAUUCUGCCACCCGGAGGACAUGCUGCAGGACAUCACCGACAGACGGUUGGCACACCGACUUAGCUUGUUCAUCUUUUACUGGGGCGCUUCACAACUGCCGUCCACGUUGAAUCCGCAUCUAUUAAAGGAACCAUUUAGAGUGGCCAUUAUUACUAAUCCGCGGCGGAACAUAUUUCGUAUAUUUUACAACCAAGCGAAACCGAACAAUCGUGGAGACAUGCUGAGCGUAAAUUGGUUCGAUGGGAAUGAUAUGACAUUCAAACGGGUACCACUGCUUCCGUCCCCGACGGAGGUGUACAAAAACUUUCAGGGGCGUAUAUUUAGCAUUCCGGUGAUACACAAACCUCCGUGGCAUUUCAUCGUUUAUGGGAACGUGAGUGGCAGCGCGAGUGAAAUGGCGAACAGUACCAACAAUGACGCUGUCGGGUUCGAAAUGGAGUUGGAAAAGAAUGUUACGGUGGAAAGUGACGAUACCUAUUUCACGGUGAAAGGUGGCCGAGAUCAUAAUUUGAUGCAGCUGAUAGCCGAACGGAUGAACUUUAGCUUUCAGUAUGUGGAACCGCCGGAGAAGAUUCAGGGCAUUGCACUUGGUUCUGAGGACAAUGCCAGCUUUUCGGGUGCCCUGGGAAUGCUGCAGCGCAGAGAGGUGGAACUGUAUCUAGGCGAUGUAGCAGUGACCUGGGAAAGGAUGAAGGCAGUCGAAUUUUCGUUCUUUACGUUGGCCGAUUCGGCAGCCUUUGUAACGCAUGCACCGCGUAAGCUUAACGAAGCAUUAGCUCUCGUCCGUCCAUUUCAGAUUACGGUUUGGCCACCGGUAAUUAUAACAAUUUUGAUUUCUGGUCCCAUCUUAUACGUCAUCAUAUCUACGCCCUAUCGGUGGAAAUAUGGCCAUAGUCGUCGAGCUACGAGGAAUGCUCCAUAUCACCGCAAGAGCUUCCGACAGCGCAAACCAGCAUUUUAUAAUUUACGUUACAUAGAAGAAAUGAGUUACACACGUGCUACUGCCCGGCGAACUGACACACUUAACCAGCAGCAGGAGUAUCCUAGCCUAGAUCGUUGCAUUUGGUAUACGAUCAACGUGUACUUGAGGCAGUCGGCAAACAUUCCAUUCGAUGGCCAUUUGGCGAGGUUUUUCUCUAUCUUGCUAUGGUUGUGCGCUACCUAUGUACUCGGCGACGUCUACUCCGCUCAACUAACAUCCCAGCUUGCCCGCCCGGCUCGGGAAAGUCCUAUCAAUACGCUCGGCCGGUUGGAAACUCGUAUGACCCGUGACGGGUAUGAGCUGCUGGUGGAGCGACAGAGUGCAUUCCAUGCUGCCCUGGUAAAUUCUACCGGGGUACUUCAACGAUUGUACCGACUAACGCGACAACGGUCGGUAAACGAUUCCUUUCUGGUUAAAUCCGUGGAGGAAGGUAUUCGCGUGCUGCAGACUGAUCCCAAGAAUGCCGUAUUUGGGGGCCGAGAAACGUUAUAUUUCAACACCAAACGUUAUGGUGCCAAUCGUUUUCAGCUGAGUGAGAAACUGUAUACGCGCUAUUCUGCUGUAGCCGUGCAGAUUGGUUGUCCAUUUUUGGACAGCCUAAAUGAGGUGAUUAUGCGUCUGUUCGAGGCAGGCAUUGUGGAGAAAAUAACCAUCGCAGAAUACGAGCAGAUGUUCGGACGCCAUAACGGAGGCAUAUCACACUCGGAAGAAACGAUGCGCUCUACGAAAUCUACAAAUUCCGACUGUGACACGGAUGGUACUGGAACGAAACGAAAGACGGAUUCUAACGAUAAAUUGCAGCCAAUGAAUUUACGAAUGUUGCAGGGCGCAUUUCUAGUGCUAGCGUGCGGCCAUUUGUUGGGAGGCAAGCUUAAACAGAUAGCAAGCAUUUCAGAACUUAGUUAA